AUGGGUUUUCCUAAUAAGGGCAUCCAGUUUGCAGGUGCGAUCGGCGUGAGCAACUGCCCCGGCGCGCCCCGCCUGGACGUGUUCAUCGGCCGCAAGGGCGCAACCCAGCCCGCGCCCGACCUGACGGUGCCCGAGCCGUUCGACGACGUCACCAAGAUCCUGGCGCGCUUCGAAGAUGCGGGCAGGUUCACCCCCGCUGAGGUCGUCGCCCUCCUGGCGUCGCACACGAUCGCCGCUGCCGACCACAUCGACCCGACCAUCCCGGGAACGCCUUUCGACUCCACCCCCGAGCUCUUCGACACGCAGUUCUUCAUUGAGACCCAGCUCCGCGGGACGCUCUUCCCUGGCAACGGCAGCAACCAGGGCGAAGUGAUGUCGCCGCUCCACGGCGAGCUCCGUCUUCAAUCCGACGCCGAGCUCGCGCGCGACAUCCGCACCUCGUGCGAGUGGCAGUCGUUCGUGAACAACCAGGCGAAGCUGCAGUCCGCGUUCAAGGCCGCGUUCGCGAAGAUGACCGUGCUUGGCCAGAACACGCGCGAGCUCAUCGACUGCUCCGACGUCGUCCCCACCCCGCCUGCGCCCGCGAGCAAGGCGCACUUCCCGGCCGGGCUCACGCACCGUGACGUCGAGCAGGCGUGCUUCUUCGUGCCCUUCCCGACGCUCCCCACCGACCCCGGACCGGCUACUUCCGUCGCCCCCGUCCCCCCGUCUUAA